UUGAAUCUCACGGGACAUGGGGGAUUCCGAGCAAAGCUAGUUCUUUUUGGUAUAAACAUUGAUGCCUAAAUUUUAGGAUAUCAAACACUACUAAGCGUAGUUUUCUUUCCUAUACCGCCUAUGAGUCACUCAGGGCCAAGCUGUUGAAGGAAACAGGCCUCAAUUUCCUUAAGGAAAGGAAUCUCUCUUAACUAAUGACUAAAGACAACUUCCAGUUUUUUAAAACCGUAGAAAGGUGGAAAGAAGUGAUUGCAUCAACCCACAUUUCUCUCGAAAGAAAAGGAGUUGCACCAGAUAGGCCAUCGAAAUGAGGAGGGAAGAGAAGAAACCUCAACACAAACAAAAUGAAGUAUGAAGCUAAAGCAGAGAAAAUUGUAAAUUGCUUUAAAAAUGCAGCAGUGAGUUGCUAUGAAUGGUAACAUCCCACUACUGCAAAUACUCGUAUUGCCUUAGAGGUAGGCAGGGUGGAAUAAAUAAAUAAUAAAUAAUAGCCUAUUGGAUCUUGUAAAUAUGCUCUGGUUUUUAUUUUCAACAAUGUACUGUUGUAAUGACCUGGAAACAUAAAAUUAAUUCUUCCCUGUCAUUAUAUAUUGCCCUAACUUAUUUCCAAAUUAUAUUACUGUUUGUUCACAGACUAAUUUGCAAUGUACUUAUAUUAUAAUAUGUCAUUUGCAUGGUAUAUGUUUAUUUUAUUUUUCAAAUCCUAACAAUUCUAAAACAAAUGUUUGAUACUAAUGAUUUCAACAUUGCAAAAAGGACCACGAUAAGCCCACUUGCCAAACUAGUUUUCCCCACUAAUACAAGUACCAAUGAUUUCAACAGGCUUCAUGGUUUUUGAAAAAAAAGAUUUAUAUCCAUACCAAAGAAGUUAAUCUAAACUCUGAUAUAGACUUUAUCCCAACUGUCUGUCAUCAAACACUCAGAUUCUAGUUAAUAGAUUUUUUUAUGUACUGAAGUACAGGUUUUGUAUGAGAAUAAAAAUACUUUUAUUAUUUUGCACAAACAUUUCAUACAGCUUCUAUCCAUUUUAUUCUUUUAAUCUUUUAUCCUUAAUUAAUCACGAAUAUAUGUUUAGUCAUAGUAUUUAUUUGAUAUUUAAAGUCCUAAAGCAGGUAAGCAAAAAAAAAAAAUUAUUGCAUAAUGACCAUUCUUUCAGCUUAUUUCAAGUUUUUUAAUGAGUUACUAGCUUUGAAAUAGGUUAUACUAACUCCUACUGAUGAGAUCGGGACCUGUCUGCAAUACUAAAUAAUUUUACAUGUAUUAUUUAUUCAAUUUUAGAUCAAAAAUGUUUGUUGCCACAGCCAUUGUUGUUGGCUUGCUUUGGUUCUUUUAUAAAAAUUGGGUAUCAACCUACAGUUAUUGGAAGAAGAGGGGUGUACCAUUUUACCCAGCUAAGUUCCCUUAUGGUAGUGAUCCAAACUUAGUGAAAUUUAAAGAAUACAGAGGCUACACCGUUGAUAAGAUGUAUCGUGAACUUGCUCCUGAACCAAUGUUUGGAAUUUUUGUUUUAAGGAAACCUAUGCUGGUAGUAAGAGACCCAGAAAUAAUUCAGCAGAUUUUGACGAAAGAGUUUUCUCAUUUCAGAGACAGGGGCAUUAUUAAACUGUCUGAUAAAGAUGUAAUUAAUCACCAUUUAUUCAAUCUAGAUGGAGAAAGGUGGAGAGCUUUAAGAAUAAAACUUACUCCCACAUUUACCAGCGGAAGGCUGAAAACUAUGUUCCCCCUUUUUGUUAGUUGUGCUGAGAGUUUUAGCUCCCUUUUGCUGUCAAAAGUUGAUUCAAAAGUCGAUAUUAAAGAGCUAACAGGUCGUUUUACAGCAGAUGUCAUUAGUAGCUGUGCAUUUGGCUUGGAUACUGAUGUUAUAAACCACCCAGAUAACAAGCUUAGAAAUAUAGGAAUAGAAGGAAUAAAAUUAAAAUUUCUAAUGAAAUUAAAAAUAGCUAUUAUUAGAUUAUUGCCAGGAUUGUCAUCAUUGUUACCAAUUAGGUUCAUUUCUGUAGAGGACGAAGAUUACAUCAUAAAGCUCAUUAAAAACAUAGUGGAACAAAGAGAAAAAAAUGCUAUUGUAAGAAAUGACUUCAUAGAUUUGUUAAUACAAUUAAAGAAUAAAGGAAAUCUUGGAGAUGAUGGACAGGAAUUUGAAAAACCAUUUGAAAUGACAAUGGAGUUAAUGGCAGCCCAAUGUUUUGUCUUUUUUAUUGCUGGAUUUGAGACCUCUAGUUCAGUGCAAAGUUUCUGCCUCUAUGAACUGGCACUCCACCAAGAUAUUCAAUCAAGACUAAUUAAAGAGAUUGAUGAAACAAUAGAGAAGAAUGGUUCUCUUACUUAUAAGGCUGUGCAGGAAAUGGAAUAUCUUGAUAUGGUCAUAUCAGAAACAUCAAGGAAGUACCCAACUGUACCAACACUAGUUAGGCAGUGUACAAAGUCAGUAACACUUUCUGCUGGUCAAGACAUAGAGAAGGAUACUAUGAUCAUUAUUCCUGUUUGGUCUCUGCACCAUGACUCCCAAUACUUUGUGGAUCCUGAUAAAUUUGACCCAGAAAGGUUUUCAAAAGAAAACAGAGAUUCUAUUGUUCCUUACACUUAUCUGCCAUUUGGUGAAGGUCCUAGAAUGUGUAUUGGUAUGAGAUUUGGACUACUCCAAACUAAGGUGGGAGUUGUGACUCUCCUUCGAAAGUUUCGUGUCGAGCCAUGCGAAGAAACCAACAUCCCUCUUGUCAUUGGAGGAAAUUCUGCUACCACAGCAUCUGAUAAACCUAUUAUUAUUAAACUGAAAGCCAGAUAUUGA